GUCUGAGUCAAAAAAAUAUUAGAGAAUCAAAUAACGUCGUACACGCUAGCAACUCAGAACGAACGCUAUCCUUGGGAUAAGAUGAGAUGAGAAUUACCAGCCAAUACUUUCCGCCAAGUCACACACCUCACAGAGCCAUUCCGAUUCCGGACCCCCUUUCUCCAACCAAAUAUAUAAAUAGAAAGAUCAAAGAACCGUUCGUGUUUAUCUGUGAGAAGCAAACUGAGGAUUUUGGAUGGAUGGAUGGGAUUCAGCAGGUAGCGCUUCCUGUACUUGGAAUUCUUGCAGCUGCUGCUAUUACCUUCUAUGCCGUGAGCUUCGCCGAGCUUAGAGAGAAAUCUUUCAGGGACUUGGAAGACGACUCUGGUAAUGGAGGCUUCGAGUCAUCCUUGAGCUCUAGAAAGAGGCGGGCAAGGAGGGCGGCUGAUAAAGACGCCAAGCCUUAGAAGAGAUCCAAUUCAAUUCCUCUGGUAAUGCCAGGCAUCAUCUCAUCCGUGUGUUGUUUAUUCAUUUCCUACAAUGGGGGUAGUAUCCCCUUUUUUGUCUUAAAAUUAUGGCAUUGUUAUGAAUUUGCACCGUCACACCAACCUUCUGAUGAUGAAUAUGAUCAUCGCUUUUAUUAUCCUGGUUAACCGAUCCAAAAUAUCCUGUUCAAAAAUCAAAGGGUUUGUUCUCCA